GGUGAUCGGUCUUCUAACUAUUCGGUCAGAGACGAGUGAACGCACGUAGUCGGGAAAAGUGAUUCGCAGCCAUUCGUUCCCCGUAUGACCUGACUUGCCAGGUAUUUUGUGUUCGUACCGCCGACGGCCAUUUGUGAAGCGCUAGUCAUCCGACUUUUUAAUCGACCUUGUGACAACGAGUGACAUACAUACCUCCAUCGUGGUGGAGUCGUUCAUAGGGUUAGUUUUCCCAUAUCUCAUGGAGAUUCGUCAGAGCCUCGAGGCGAAUUUUCUAACAUGCAAGCAAUGUCACCAGACAUAUCGAAAGCCGAAGGUACUCGUCUGCUUGCACACAUUCUGCCAGUCGUGUUUGGAGCAGCUAGUUGCGCAAAUAGACGCCGAAAAUGAGGCCAAAGAACUCGAAGCUGUCAAGCGUUAUUAUGCAUCUUCCAACUACUCCAACGAAUAUCGAAGUCCAUACAGGAAAAAGUGGUCCUCGAAAUUUCAACGCGGCUACGAUUCCACCAACUACAAUGCACUCCGGUAUCCAUUUUUAAACCCGAAACCAAAAAGUCUACCAUGCCCAUUAUGUGAGAAAGAGACAGCGUUGCCCGCAGGUGGCGUAGCCGAUUUACCGACGGAUCAACUGGCUGACAAAUUAGCCUCCAUGGUUGAUCGUAUGCCAACGUUCCCUGUGUGUGAUGUGUGCACUAAGGAACCAUUUCUUGGUAACGGACCGUUACCUAUCGAUUCUAAGGAGCCGCGCAGUCCCAAAGAGAAACAUCAUUUUCAAUCGCAGUUUUCUACUCGUGGCAGAUUUGCCAAAGAUAUGGACAAUUCAGAGGACGAUGGUGAUGAGACGGAAACUCUGUUUAGUUUGGAUGGAAUCAGUUCCACUUCGUUUGAUACUGAUGACCGAAUCAAUUCGCUUUGUAAUGGGAAAGAUAGAUCGCAUUCAAGCCACAACUCUCGUCAAAGACUCGCCGAGCAAAAGAACGCGAGUCAUCGACCUAGAAGGCGAACUGCAACUAGCACCGUGGACAAAUUGGGUCAUUCAAGCGGCCCUAGACCAGCCAGUGUCGCAUGCCUUGAGUGUGCAAAGCGUCUGUGUACAGAUUGUCGAGAGAUGCAUGCAAGCAUGUCUGUCACAGCCAACCAUGUGUUGAUUCGCGUAGAACAAAUGGAAGACCUAAAAUGUAGCCGGCAUCCUAGAGAACAUCGUCGUUUCUUUUGCCUCACAUGUCGCACUCACAUCUGCAUCGUUUGCACGUUCGAGUCGAGCGAGGGUGACUCGGAGGGCCCGAUUGGACACGCGGAACACGAAAUAUUGUCCAUUAGAGAGGCGGUGGUUGCCUACCAAAACCAAUUAAGCCGAGACAGUGCAACCACUCAGUCGCACAUCACGCAAAUUGAAUCGCUUUUAAACAGACUGCAAGUGUGCGAAUAUGAGAUGCGUGUCCUGUACACAACUAUUGAUGGGGGUGUUAAAGCAUUCAUGGAUCAGUUGAGUCGUCAGCAGCGUGAUCUAUACGAUAAAGUGAAUCAGCUGGCCGGAAUACCUUUAGAAAUACUAAGCCAAGAAUGCGAACGUUUGACUCAUGUAACGAACGAGUGGUAUGAGUUCCUCAAUGAUGAUCGGGUCAGUUGCCGUCUCGACUUGAUGGAUCCCAUCGAAGCACUAACUGAAGCGGGUCCGAUAUUGGAUCGUGUGAGUCACUGCCUUCAGUCGGCUUCAGAGCCUCUAAAUAUCGAACUGGCUAGACAGCCUUUCCUGACACAUCUGAAGACCGCUGAGAGCAAUCUACUACAGAACGGAGACAGUGGAAUGGUUUCAAGUCAGUCUGCUUCGCCUUCUUCAUUUACUGGGCCUGAAUACAGUGCAAACUGCCGGACAGCUUACUGGAAGUCGUGCCUUGGAAAGUUUCAAUUAGGCCGAUUGGAACUGGGUCGCGUAAUCACAGAGAAAGAGUUGGCUGCGGAAGCCAAGGCAGAGGCAUCGAGAAGAAUGAAUAUUUAUGUACAAACGGGACCAGAAUUGGUUAAGUCUUUACCCCCACCGAAAGGGGCUCAGCGACACCGCGCCAUACAGGUUGAGUUGCCGAAAGGUAACUUGGAUGAUCGAGCUACUCAAACUGAUACGGCUGUUGUUGGACCCUGUAAGGCUGUGAAAGUCGAUGUCGGCACACAGUAUCUCAGUUCGGAUGUCAACCCACCGGUCAGUAUGUACAGAUCCCUGAAGCAAAUUCUCGUGCAGAAAUAAGAUGUGUGCCAUUCUCAAUAUUGAAAACAUGCACUACUCUAAAGAAAUGUUUCCACAGCUGGAGAUGUCCUUUGUAACCAUACUCGAUGAUAUUGGCGCGCGCACCCACAGUGAAUGUCUUUCAUAUCUGAAACUAUUUAAUACAAGAAACCGGGAAUACUGGAAAUGGGCCAGUAAAUAUGUGGUGACCACGUGGACCGACUAUUGUGGUGAGUAAUAAACAGUCCGAAUCUUAACAACGAUCACGAUUUAAUUCUAAUUAUCUACAUUUCAAUUAGUGCUUUAAUUAUUACGCUUGUUAUAUUGUAUAAACGACAAUAUAAAGGAUGUUUCUAU